AUGCUGCUCUCAGAUUCACUGACAUUAACUGGAAAAAUUGACAGUAUCGAUGUUCCUGUGAUACAGAUUCUAUAUUUGUGUCUUUUCAUUUGGAGAAUUUUUCUAUUCACCUUCUUUAUAUUUAAUUUCAUUGUCACAUGUCUGGGUGGAGGACAAUUAGUUGUUGGUGUGUGGCUGCAGAAUCUCUGGACUCCAUAUGGUUCGCUCUUACCUACUUACAGUCUUUUUAGCCCAACAACCCUCAUCAUAAUCAUGGGAGCCAUCAUUACUGUAGUAGGAUUCUUUGGUGCCUUUGGAUCUCUGAUGGAAAACAAAUGCAUGUUGAUUGUGUAUUUCAUAUUUGUCUUUCUCAUGUUACUUUUGGAAAUAAUCAUCACAGUCCUUGGCUGCACACAGAAAGAGAUUGUUCAGGAAACGGUGACUCAACAAAUGGUCAUCAGCAUUCGGGAAUCUUAUGAUCCAACAGAAGUGGAUGAUGAACAAGGACUUGUGAAAAUUUGGGACCAACUUCAAGUUGAGAUGAAAUGCUGUGGUGUUAACAGCUAUUCUGAUUGGUACAACAUCUAUGCAUGGCCAAAUAAACAGCGGGUUCCUGAUUCUUGUUGUCAGAAUUAUAAGCCGGGAUGUGGUCAGUUAGAACCUCUCUAUUGGCACAAACAAGGCUGCUUAGCUGAAGUGGGUUACUGGUUUAUGAAGAAACUACAUGUUCUUGGUGUGAUUGCUCUUACCCUGGCUGUGACACAGAUCUUGUUCAUGGUUGGCGCCAUGUACCUGAUGUGUAGACUGAGACGUCUUUAUCAAUAA